AUGUUGAAGUGGGUCCAAUCAGGUCUUUCCGUUGUCGCCGGUACCGCCGAGCCAGAGUACGGCCGUGAGGCCAUCCAUCCAGUUACUGAUUUCAUCAAGAAGGGCGACCCUGUCUCCAGAGAAACCACCCCUGAAGACUUUGCCUGGAGAAAGCCUGGCUACACUAAUGUUGAAACCCAGACUUUCUACUUUACUGACUUGAAGACUGGCUACACUGGUUUUGCUCAGAUCAUCCACUCCAACCUUAUGGGGGUGAAAACAACUGCUCAGUUCACCUUUAGAUUGUACAACAACGAGAAGGGUGCUGACGAUCCUAACUGCAUUUGGACUUCUACGGCUUUGGAGGACUUCCGUGCCGAAGGUUCCAACUUUUACGCCAACAACUUGUCGUUUGAGCUUUCUGAGGAUGGCACCACUUACCACUUGAAAUCGCUUGUUUGCGAGGACUCCAUGGUCGACUUGACUGUCAAGAAGUUGACUCCUGGUGUUGUUUUCGGUAAGGACGGUACUACGCUUUACGGUGACGACUUGGAGAACCCAUGGGGUUCCAUGAGACACGCCUUCUGGCCUAGAUGUAGUGUUUCCGGUAAGCUCCAGUUGAAGGACAACGUCAAGGUUGAGAUUGAUGGUUUCACCAUGUUCGUCAUGGCUUUGCAAGGCAUGAAGCCCCACCACGCUGCCAAGUCCUGGAACUUCCUUAAUUUCCAGAGUCCUCACUACUCUGCUGUGCAGAUGGAGUUCACCACUCCUCUCUCAUACGCCACCACCAAGGUCAACAUUGCCAUUGUUGCUAAGGAUGACAAGAUUAUUCUUACAUCUAUUGAUAACGAGGUGACCCAUGAGGAUGCUGAAGUUGACGAGGUGGGCUGGAAGGUUCCAAAGGGUAUCACCUUUAACUUUGCCAAGGAAGGCGCAGGCUCCGAGACUGUUGCUGUUGUGUCUGGUAAAUUGAACCAAUUGGUUGAGCGUGUGGACGUCAUGGCCGAGAUUCCUCAGUUCGUCAAGAACAUUGUUUCUGGUGUCUCUGGAGCUAAGCCAUACAUCUACCAAUUCUGCAACCCAUUGAGCAUCAAGCAUGGCGCUGAAACUGAAGAAGGUAUUGGUUUCAACGAAGCUACUUUCAUUUCCGACUAA